CAUCGGGUUUCAUGCACCUGCUUCCUGCUGGAAAUGGGAGACUGGUCAAUUCUUGGCCGCUUCCUAACAGAGGUUCAAAACCACUCCACAGUCAUUGGUAAGAUAUGGCUGACCAUGCUGCUCAUCUUCCGCAUCCUGCUCGUGGCCCUGGUGGGUGACGCCGUCUACAGUGACGAGCAGUCCAAGUUCACCUGCAACACCCUCCAGCCCGGCUGCAACAACGUGUGCUACGACACCUUCGCUCCGGUCUCCCACUUGCGAUUCUGGGUCUUUCAGAUCGUCCUCGUAUCCACGCCCUCGAUUUUCUACAUUGUCUAUGUCUUGCAAAAAAUCACCAAGAAUGAAAAGGUGGAGGUGAAGAAGAUCGAAGUGGUGCCCAGGUCCUCACCUGCCCUUGAAAGGGUCAGACAUGUGGAGGAAGUUAAGGAGAGCGGCGUCACUUACAACACAAAUGAGGCCUGGAGCUCUCGGGAGGGCGAGUGUGAGGAGAAGGGUCAGCUGGAGGAGGACAUGAAGGAAGUAGGGAAGGACCCAACUCAGCUCUCCAGCCAAGUGCUACUCAUCUACAUCAUACAUGUGCUGCUGCGCUCCAUCAUGGAGAUAAUCUUCCUCAUUGGGCAGUAUUACCUCUUUGGAUUCGAAGUCCCACACCUUUUCCGCUGUGAAACCUACCCCUGUCCAAACCGAACUGACUGCUUCGUGUCCCGAGCCACAGAGAAAACCAUCUUUCUCAACUUCAUGUUCAGCGUCAGUCUCGGUUGCUUCAUCUUGAACAUUGUGGAGCUGCAUUAUCUGGGCUGGAUCUACAUUUUCCGGGUGCUCUUCUCCGCGUGCUGCACAUGCUGCGACACAAACAGGGACCCCAUGCAGGUGGAGCUGUAUUCAGACAACAACCCACUGCUGCUGGAGCUCAAACACUCCUUGCGUGGCAGGGUUGUCCUGCAGACCUCAUCUGCCACAUCGUGCGACAAGAUCGGUGGCGUCCCAAACCAGGGCCCGGCCAUCUCCUUCGAGACGGACUCUACGCUGGAGUGCACAUCCAAGAGAAAUGUCGAUGAGAAGGAGCGCGCCAAAACCAGACAGCACAAUAUGGCGAAGAUAGGAAGGGGCAAGAAGUCCUGGCUGUGA